CAAAAAAUCAAAAUAUUUUCGUAAUUCGUUUCGAUAUCUUCGAGAAAUUGAUAUUAAAAUUGAAUAAAACGAAAUAUAAUUCCGGUAUAAUUGAAAUGUAAUCAUACUAAACAGCAAAAUGAGUUCAUUUCCAGACUCGAAUUCGCCUUCAGAUCCUCCUGCACCAUUAUUCAUCAUGAAAGCUGAUAUGACUUCAGUCCACUGUGUGCUCUUCGCAGACUUCGCCGGUGAAGAACAUUUAUAUGCGGGAACUAUCGAUGGCAUCGUGCACAUAUGGAAUUUAAAGACGAGACGUAGGAUGAAAACACUUCAGCAAAGUGAUAGUCCUUGUUUAUCUCUGCACGUAUUCGAUGAUCAUCUAAUAACUCAGGAUAAAGCCGGUCUGCUCAAGAUCUGGAAGUGUACUGAAGGAGAUUUCAAAUGUAUAUAUUCCAAGAAUUUCGAUAACUUUUCAUUUUGUAGAAUAAGUUUCUUGAAACGAGAAGUUUCGUAUUUAGCAAUACCUCAGUCAGAAUCAAAAAUCGAUGUUUACAGUCUGAAAGAAAACACUCCUAUCUUCCACGGUUCUUUUCAAUGCUCUGAACUGAACGGUAAAAAACUGGGCGAUGUCAUAGUGCUGAAAAUCAUCGUGAUAAAUUCUACAGAAUAUAUCGCAGCUAUGUACGAAGGUGGCAUGUUUUUACUAUGGAAUGUUUCGAGUAAAAAAAUUGUCAUUGAAGAUCAGUUAACCAAUGAUACACCAAUGUGUUUUGAUUUUGAUUCGGAUAACUUGCAAGGAGUAUGUGGUACUAGUGGCGAUAGCAUAAAUGUAUUUAAAAUGAACACCAAAGGUAGUAUAAUCAAACGAAAAUCUAUUAAAAUGAAAAAUUCGGGUACUGGAAGUUUAUGUAUUCGACCUGAUAGAAAAAUACUAGCAGCUGGUUGCUGGGAUGGAAGAAUAAGGAUUUUUUCGUGGAAAAAUUUGAAACUUUUGGUUGUUUUAGAGUGUCACGAAGAAACUGUUUUGGAUGUUGCUUUUUCUCGUGAUUUUACUCAAAACUCUCAAUGUAAAUAUUUAUUAGGCGGAGGUUCUAGUGAUAGAAAAAUUUCUCUGUGGGAUAUUUACAAUUAGGUAAUUUUAAUUAUUCAUUGUUUUUGUUAUUUUUUUUUUUACUGUUUUGCGUUUAUAUUUCAUUUUCCUUAAUAUAAAUUUCGUGAAAGUAAGAA